AUGAAGAAGCUACUAUCUUCUAUUCAACUCAUAUCCAAGUCGUCCUUUGUCUCCUGGGCUGCAUCUCAGCUAGCUCGAGCCUCUCAGCUACGCUACCUCUGUAGCGGCUCUCCUGCAUCGACACCAUCCUGCCUGGGCCUCUCCAGCCACACCUCAGCAGCAACCUCCAGCCUAACCCUGCACUUCGUGAGUCUAACACCUAUUCUGCUAACCCUCACUCUGUCUUGUGCUCACUCCCCGGGACUAGAGUUUGGCCGUUCUGCCUCUACUGCCAGGGUAACGACCAGUGAGAGUAACAGAGCAGAACGGAUCGAGGCCCAAUCUUCUGCCUUCAUCAGCCUGGGUCGAAGCAAGCACCUCAUCUUCCCACCAUCUAUCUCAGGUGAAGCCUUUGUCACAAUGGCCACCACAGACUCCUAUUGCAUGGGAGCUACAGUGGUGGCCAGGAGCUUACAGCGGCACGGGAUGACUCGCAACAUUGUUGUCAUGGUUACACCAAAUGUCUCUCAACAGUCAAGGCUUGCUCUGGAGAGUGUGUUUGAUGAGGUCAUUGUGGUGAAUGUAAUGGACAGUGAGGACCAUCUCCACCUGUCCCUGCUGGGACGUCCUGAGCUUGGCAUCACCUUUACUAAGAUUCACUGCUGGACUUUGACCCAGUACAGCAAGUGUGUCUUUUUGGAUGCUGACACACUUGUUCUGUGUAAUGUGGAUGAGCUGUUUGAGAGAGAUGAGCUUUCUGCAGCUCCUGAUCCUGGCUGGCCUGAUUGCUUCAACUCGGGUGUUUUUGUCUUCAGACCAUCCCUCCACACCCACUCAAGGCUCCUGGAUUAUGCCUUGCAGCAUGGCAGCUUUGAUGGUAACUUGCGCAUUGCUAUGAUGUUGUUUUAUAAAUGUAUGUAG